AUGGUGAUAUGGAAUAACAGCAAUGCUAUGGAAUCCGUCUUUUUCCUGAAAGGUUUUCCUGGACUGGAGUAUGUUCAUGGUUGGCUCUCCAUCCCCUUCUGCCUUGCAUAUUUGGUAGCAUUUAUUGGCAAUGUUACCAUUCUCUCUGUCAUUUGGGUAGAGUCCUCUCUCCAUCAGCCCAUGUAUUACUUCCUUUCCAUCUUGGCACUGACUGACUUGGGUAUGUCCUUCUCUACACUUCCUACCAUGCUUGGUGUUUUAUGGUUGAAUGCUCGGGAGAUCCAGGCAAGUGCUUGCUAUACUCAGCUGUUCUUCAUCCACACAUUCACGUUCUUGGAGUCCUCGGUGCUGCUUGCCAUGGCCUUUGACCGCUUUGUUGCUAUCUGCCGUCCGUUGCACUAUGCCUCCAUCCUCACUAACAGUGUGAUUGGCAAGAUUGGUUUGGCCUGUUUGCUUCGGAGCAUGGGGGUUGUACUGCCCACACCUUUGUUGCUGAGACGCUAUCACUACUGCCGCAUCAAUGACCUCUCCCAUGCCUUCUGCUUGCACCAGGAUGUUCUGAAAUUAUCCUGUUCAGAUGCCAGGGUCAACAGCGUGUAUGGACUGUGUGUAGUCAUUGUCACCCUAGGUGUGGAUUCAGUCUUUAUCCUUGUUUCUUAUGUUCUGAUUCUCAAUGCUGUGCUGGGUAUCGCAUCCCGUGAAGAGCGGCUAAAGGCACUCAACACAUGUGUGUCUCAUAUCUGUGUGGUGCUCAUUUUCUUUGUGCCAGUCAUUGGCGUGUCGAUGGUCCAUCGAUUUGGGAAGCAUUUGUCUCCCAUUGUUCACGUGCUUAUGGCUGACAUUUACCUGCUUCUUCCCCCAGUGCUGAAUCCAGUGGUUUACAGUGUCCGGACAAAGCAGAUUCGUCUAGGUAUUCUCCGUAAGUUUGGACUAGUGAACAUGUUUUAA